AUGCGACCGGCUUGUGUUUUGUUCUUCUCGGUUAUUUUGGUAAGUAUCUUGUGAUAAUGCGAUUAUUCUGCUGUAAUCAAUACCUAAUCUUAUUAAUCAUGUUGUUUAAUCAUGUUUAGUUAGCUGCAAAUGGAAAGAUCAAUGAUGGCAAGAAGGAAUUUUGUACUGGAUGUCAAAAAGUUUUGGAUAACUCCUUUGUCAAUUACCAAUCGAUGACCAGUAGAAGAGUUUUGAGGCAUAAACUGAAGCAUUUGUGCAAACGAUACUUCGAGGUGGGCCUUUACACAUUCCCGUCGUUUUUCUUAUGCUUUACAAAGAAAGUAGUCAAAUUUUUAUUUAUUUUGAUCACACUUGAGGAAAUUCAAAUCAAGAUUUAAGAAGGGUGCGUUAUAUUAUUCCAAAAAGUUUCAAACUUACUUCAUUUUUAGCCUACAUGA